CACAGCAAGGGGGCAUUUGAGACUCUAUGAAUAGAUGAUGGUCGUUCACAAAGACCCUCAUCUGAGGAUGCAUCAGUAUGAGAGAGAAAACAACUGCAAAACGUUACCAGCAACAAUGCAUGUGCAUUACCAAACACAAAAGGUGGUAAAAGGCACAUUUCUGUUCACAGGCAGUGAGCCAUGCAGCAAAUGCAUGCAAAUCAUGUUCAGGCCACAACUUUUCCCCUCCUCUUCCAGUUGUUUACAGGUUUUUCUUCCACCAGCGCCACCAAGUGCAGUUCAAACGGAUCUUUGUCAAACUGAUCAAAACAGGUCAGUUUUUGAUUAAAGCACCGAUAGGAUACGCUUGAUAUAAAGUCAUCAGGAUGCCCCUUCAUCUGCAUCAAAGCCGUGAUGCAGAAUACGUGAUCGUGCAUUGAGCAUCACGGACAGGGGGGAUUUAAAGCAACAUCCCCCUCCGUAUACUUAUACGGCUGCACAAGAAAAACAACCCCGAGCACGUACACACACCCCUCUACCGUCGAACCAACUUCAGCAGCAACCACACAGACAACCAUUACCGCGAAACAAACACCCAUGACCGCUUGCUUGAUGAUGUCAUGUGCCUCUUGCAUGGAGCAAACGGACAUUUGGAUUAAAAACGUAAAGAAGCGCUGGAACUGCAUCUGCCUCUCAUGAGAGCAGCAUAGCGCUUUCCCGUCUGGAAACAUCACCUUGGAUCUCAGGUCUCCGAGUUAACAAAGCGGCGUCGCAUGUCUUGGGUAGCAGCAGUAAGAAAGAAAACCAUCACCUUCAACAACAUUUCCAGAGACACGCUCGUUUGUUCACGUCAUUUACACAAAGGCAAACCCACCGAUGAAAUGCUGGACUGCGAUCCUGACUGGGUACCAUCAUCACAUCUCAGGCACACAGAAGUUAAAGCAACACACUCAGUGCAGUUUAACCGGAGUACAAGGAGACUGCAAGCUGUCACAGGGGAUCAAGCUGCACCUGCACCAUUAGAUGUAGCUGGCCAGACGGAUGAAGCUUUGACAGCAGAUGAUGCUUCACAAAUGGAUGACACAGACUCAAAUGAAAACACUGCAGAACAGCAGGAAUGCCAUCUUUGUAGAUGCAGGCGUGCUGAAUAUAAACGUUUGCUGGAGGAGAACAGGAGACUGAAGGAAGAGCUCGCCCAAAAGAGAAUGGAUGAGGAUUCUUUUAAAGAUGAUGAUGCAAAGGUGAAGUACUACACUGGGCUUCCAUGUCUAGCGCUUCUGAUGGGUGUGCUGACACAGCUUGUUCCCUGCCUGCCACAGACCGGCCGAAAACUCUCACCUUUUCAGAUGCUCCUUUCAACACUGAUGCGCCUCAGGCUGAAUCUCCCAAUUCAGCACAUUGCAUACCUCUUCUCUGUAGAUCGAAAGACUGUGUCCACAACAUUCAGAGAUACCAUAGGUUCAAUGUUUAGUCAUCUCAAACCCUUGGUGCACUGGCCAGAGAGACAUUGCUUGCAGGCCACCAUGCCACAUCACUUUGUAGAGGCUUUUGGGAGUCAAGUAGCAGUUAUUGUGGACUGCUUUGAAAUUCGCAUUGAAAGAGCAUCAAAUCUCAAAGCUAGAGCACAGACAUUUUCCCACUACAAACAACGGCACACCCUUAAAUAUCUCAUUGGUAUUACACCACGAGGAUCGAUCUCUUUCAUUUCCCAAGGGUGGGAAGGUGAUGUCAGUGACAAGCAUGUGACUGAGAAUAGUGGCCUUCUUAAUAAACUAUUGCCUGGGGAUUUGGUGUUGGCAGAAUGUGGAAUGGACAUCAAAGACAGUGUUGGACUCGUGUGUGCAGAAGUGAAAAUACCUGCAUCCACAAGAGGAUGCAGCCAGCUGGAAGCAAAAGAUGUGGAGGAAACACACCGGAUAGCUCACCUCAAGGUUCAUGUGGAGAGGAUGAUUGGAUGUGUACGCACAAAGUACAACAUACUCAAUGGAAUUGUACCAGUCAGCAUGGUACUCCCAUGUCAAGGUGAAGACAUGACCUUCCUGGACAAGAUCGUGACUGUAUGCUGUGCCUUGACUAAUAUGUGCCCCAGCGUUGCCAUGAAACCAUAAACUAGGGCUGUCAAAAGAUUUGAUCACCAUUAAAUCACAUCCAAAAUAAAAGUUUGUGUUUAUCAA